CGAUUCUCUCAAAGUCUUCCUGCCGGCUAAAAGUCUUCUGCUGAGAGGCAACUGAACAUAUAUAACACACGCAUCUCUGAUCUCAGUGGAUGGAACAUUCUAUCCCAAGGUAGAGAGAAUGGCUUCUAGCUCAAGGAGAAGAACGGGAACGACCUACCAGGUCUUCCUGAGCUUCAGAGGACCCGACACCCGUCAAGGAUUCACGGACGUCCUUUACCAUGCUCUGGUUGAUGCCGGAAUUCGAGUAUUCAGAGAUGACGAGGAGCUCCGCAAAGGCGAGGAGAUCGGCGAGGAACUUCUGAGAGCAAUCGACGACUCUAAGAUCUAUGCGCCAAUCUUUUCCAGAGGGUAUGCUUAUAGUAAGUGGUGCCUGAUCGAACUCACCAAGAUGUUCGAGUCCAAGAACCGGUCAGAUGGCAAGAAGAUCGUGCCCAUUUUCUAUGAUAUGACCGUCGACGAUGUCAAGCUUAAGACCGAGCUGUAUGCCGGAGCUCUGUCAAAACACAUGGAGAAGUUCGGUACCGACACAGUGAAGCAGUGGGAGGAGGCCCUUAGAAGAGCCGGGAAAAUCAAGGGAUGGGAACUGAAGGAUACCGGCCAUGGAGGAUUCGCCAAGAAGUUUGCCACACAGGUUUCCAUGGAGUUGAAGGUGAAACAUAAAAGUGUACCCAAGCAUUUAAUUCAAAGGGAUGAUCAAGUGGGAGCUGUCCUGAACCUGUUAAAUAUUGAAUCCCCUGACGUACGAUUUGUGGGGAUCCACGGGAUGGGUGGGAUUGGCAAGACUGCUCUUGCCAAGACGGUUUACAAUGGCAUCUGCGAUCACUUCAAUCACUCCAUCUUCCUCACCGAUGUUCGAGAAUCAAGCCGGCAGCAUAAGGGUAUCGAACAUUUGCAGAAACAAAUAUUGGCCGGUCCUGGUCUCGGAUCUGGGGAAGUCACGGAUGUGGAUGAUGGGAUCAUGAGAAUGAGAGAGAUGUUCGCGUAUAAGAGAGUUAUGAUCGUUCUUGAUGGUGUAGAUGACAAGAAACACAUCCAGUUUCUAGCGGGGGAAGCUAGCUGGUUUGGUUCUGGGAGCAGAAUUAUUAUCACUACUCGGGACCAACGCGUCCUAGAAAUCAAACAGCAAAGGAUUCUGACUUUUGAAGUAGAGGAAAUGAAGCCUGAAGAAGCUCUUCAACUUUUCAGCAUGCAUGCAUUUGGCAAGGAGUCCCCACCAAAUGGCUACCUUAGUCUCUCAGAGGAGGCUGUUGCAAGUACUGGGCGACUUCCUUUGGCUCUGGAGGUCAUGGGUUCGCAUCUUCGGGACAAGCGCCAUGCGGAUUGGGUAGACGAAAUCGAGAGGUUGGAGAAAGUACCUCAUCGAGAUGUCGAAGAAAAGCUCACGAUAAGCUACGAAGCUCUGGACACUAAUGCAAAACGGAUUUUUCUUGAUAUCGCAUGCUUUUUCAUCAACCAUGAGAGAACAAAUCCAACUUACAUGUGGGAAGCUUGUGAGUUCAAUCCCCAGAUGGGAUUGAAAGUGCUCAUCUCCAUGUCCCUAGUAAAAGUUGUUGCAGAAAAGGAUAGAGAUGGAAUAAAAGCGAAAAGGUUAUGGAUGCACGAUCAGUUGCGGGACUUGGGAAGGAAAAUUGUCCGUGACGAGAGUCUCAAAGGCGUUGUAACGUGCAGUAGAUUAUGGAUGCAUGAGGAUGCUUUGGAUGUGCUACGGCAAGAAGAGGGCAGAGAGAACGUUGAGAUGCUUUGUCUUUGCUCCAACCGCUCUGCUGGGGGACACACCUUCACACCACAACAGCUUUCAGGCCUCGAGAGAUUGAGAUAUCUCGAAUGCAUUGGAGCAAACUUUUACGGAGACAUGAAGCAUCUUCUCCCUAACCUAAUGUGGCUUUCCUGGAGAUAUUGUCCUUGGGAAUUCACAGGAACUGAUUUACAUUUGAGGAACCUUGUCAUUCUCGACCUCUCGUGGAGCUUCAUUAGUGAAAACUGGAGCGGGUGGAGCCAUAUCGGGGCGGGAAGCAAAUUGAAAGUCCUAGACCUUACGGGUUGCAGAUAUUUAAUAAAAACGCCCGACUUGUCUAAGUUUUUGAGUUUGGAGAGGUUGAUUCUUGCUGACUGCAGGAACCUAGUUGAAAUAGAUCCCUCUAUCCACAAGUUGAAAGGCCUAAAAUUUCUAAAUGUUCAAGGUUGUGUUUCUCUAAGAGGCUUUCCUGAAGAAUUAUGCUCUCUAGACCGUCUCCAAGUUAUCCUUCAUACUGGAAGUCUGGAUAGCACGCUACCUUUCAAAAUCCCGGAACUAAUUGGUAACCUCACAUCCUUGCUCAUCCUGAAAAUGAAUAACGUUCAAAUCAUCGAACUGCCAGAGUCCAUUGGCAGGCUUUCCAGACUUCGUUCCCUAUCAUUAAAGGGUUGUUCGGGUUUCAUGAGGCUCCCAGAUUCGCUUGCUGAUAUGAAAUCAUUAGUCAAGCUGGAUAUUUCGUGGACGGGAAUUGUUGAGUUACCUCAGAAUAUCGGACGGUUAGAGAAACUUGAGCUCCUGUAUUUAAACGGAUGCGAAAAGAUGAAGAAGCUUCCAGAUUCAAUUGGGGAUCUGAGAUCGCUAGCUAAGUUGCAUCUAUCAUGGUCAGGAAUAACUGAACUGCCUGAUACCAUCAGGAAUCUAAAGAAUUUAAGAGUGACUAAUAUUGAGGAGGUGAAGGAGCUUGAAGUUGUCAACUUUCAUCGGUAUGCUGAAGAAGAUUGAAGAGCUGAACGCCACGGUCGCAAUUUUAUGUGCAGAAAACCACUACAGCAUCCUACCAACCAGUUUGGCCCGUCUAGGCGAUUGAAUUCAGCAUCUUUUAUUCACUGACUUCUGACCAAGUACUACAUGGUGAAACAGAAGUUUCCUAAAUUUACUGUAUUUUUCCCUGUUCCUCUCAUGCAGGUCUAACUUUCUUUAUUCAUCCCUGUAAAAAUUAUCGUUGCCGAUCCUUUGUCGAUUUUGGGGCCGGCUAGAGUACCAGGAGGAACAGACGAUGAUAGAGUUGUAUGGACACGCGACCAGUUAAGGGAUGAAGUAAGUGAAAGGCCGCAUGGAUGACUAAAUUACUCUAAAGUUCGUACGAGCACAUUCUUUCCAGUUUUCAAUGUCUGAACUGGCUAAUCUGAUUGUUCUAGGACGCAGUAGAGACAGUAUUCCUUCAAUACGACUGGAUUCUUAUGCACAAAAAUAAAUAAACAGACAAAUGGAGAUUUCAUUCGUUUUGUGCACUUGUUGCAUCCCGAGUCUUAUCGAGUGAGUCAUUGGCAUCGAUUCAGGAUACUCCUUGUCGAUCAGUAAAUCCCCGUUAAUGGGACAAGAAAACUACUCGCAGAAACCGCAUAAACGUUGAUAGCUACCGUGCUAUGUUUCGAAGGUGUUCUAACCGCAAUAGACAGCCUGCAGAUAUGUAUCCUCUCUGAUGUCUGAUCUCUUUGUGUUACUUCUCUCCAAGGCCGUUGCGGUCUUUCUUUGCUGCCUACUAAAUUCUGGCAUGUUCCUUCUCAGCAUAUAGUCUUCGAUACCUCACUCUUUCUUUUUGCUAGCAAUGAGUCUUGUACUCAGUUAGGUUCUCCAUAGUAUUAGUUGAGUGUCGGCCUGCCAGAUCGAACAUAGUAACGAGCCAUGUAACCUAUUCUACUUGAUAAUUUCACUAGAAGUUAAAUGGAAUGGCCCGUGUCAUAACCUGAAAUCUCAGCAUCAUUUUUCCUAAAAUUUCGAUAAUCUAAAACUUGUUAGUAUUUCAAUAUGCUAGACCUCCAAUUGCAAAUUAUUUAUUUCAACAAGAAAAUCACAUACCAAACACCCCAAUAGAUUAUUAAUGAUCUCCAAUUAUCAAAAGGAAUAACUAUACAAUAAUUUCAGGUCAUAACAUUCCAAAUUUCUCCUAUAAUAACUUAGUUACUUAUAAAAUAAUCAAGACUAUCUAGGAAGUCCUCUAAGCUGAUCCCCACUUUCUUCUGCUCAGCCAAGUUAAUCUGCAAAUAUCUAUACAAUCAUAUAAUAAUUCAAAAUCCACAAAUUUUACACCUUAUAUACAAAACCUUCUACGAGAAAUAGUGGUGUCGAUCAAAACUAUCGAGUCCAGGGUGUCACCGUCGGAUAAAUCGAACUCCAAAUCUGAGUAGUUGCAUGCUUAGUGUGACUAUUAAUCUGAUCGUUAUAUAUUUAGGACAUUGCCGGACCGAGUAUGUCCAUACAGGGAAGCUUCAUCACAGAGAUACGAGCACCCCACCUGCCAAAUUUCACCUUCUCAAAGAUAAGGCGGCGAAAAAAGACCGUGACACGAAGCCGAAGAGCGUGAUAUGUUCCGACUGCGAUGGGAAUGGGGCAGUAUCGUGUUCUCAGUGCAAGGGAAGUGGAGUUAACUCAGAAGACAUGUUUAAUGGGGAAUUCAAAGCUGGGGAUGACUGCUGGCUUUGUGGGAAGGAGAUGCCGUGUGGAAACUGCCACGGAGCUGGCUUUCUUGGUGGCUUCACGAGCACCUUUGAUCAAUAGAAAUCCCAAGCUUCUCUUUUGCCAUUCGCAUUGUACAUAGAUUUGCACCUUGUAGCAUCGUCGUUCUCGUCAUCAUCGUCACAAAAGGGCUUCAUAUAAAGCGAUUUGUCUGGUUAACUACGUCGAAACAUGAGACCUGCUCCGAUCCUGAAGUACACGUAUUUUACUUUUUGCUUGCC